AUCUAUAUAUACAACCCUUCACUGAUAUUGUGUUCGUUGUAUCUGCAUCCCUCUCUCUAUGGAAUCAAAUCAAUCAUCAUAUGCAUAUACAUCUUUGAACAAAUCUAUGGAUGAAUCAGACACAGCAACAACCGAAGAAAGUGGUUGGACUGCUUAUUUUGAAGAUUUUAUGGUUGCCCAACAGCAUGAUCAUCAAAAUAAUCAUUCAGUUACUGAUCAUGAUUAUUAUUAUCAUCAUCAACAACAACAACAUCAAUAUCAACAUCGUCAUCAUCAUCAACAGCAACAAGAUCAUGAUGGACCCGUGCUAUCUGAUGUUGCUUCACAUGUUGAGUGGAAUACUAUCGAUAAUUCGAUGAGUGGUGUAGCCCCAAAAUUCACCAAGAAAUUGAAUCUUUUCAAGAAAACCAGUAGAAGAACAAGAGAGAUUCUUUAUGAUGAUUCUUUAGAAGACACGGCUAGUUCUCCUGUCAAUAGCCCUAAGGUUGGGAGUCAACACAUGGGGUUUAAUCAAAUAAAAGUAGACGAUAUCAUAGAGAAUUCUUUGGGAAAAAGAGGUGCCUUUGAAGAUCAAAGCAUGGAAAGGGGAUUCGAAGAACACAACAAUGGAAGCACAGAUUUGAGGAAAAGAGGGUUAUGCUUAGUUCCCUUGUCCAUGUUUGUAAAUUAUAUCUGAUAAUCCCCUACCCCACCCUGCAAAUCAGAAGAAUAUAGAUGGAAAAACUGUAUAGAGUUCUUAAAUAAGGUCAAGGAGAGUGAAACAGUCGAACUUGAGACAUUGCAGCCUGUAUAGCCCAGUUCACAUUCAAAUCAUACAUCCUUCUGUAUCUAGUAAAUGUAAAAACUUUAAUAAUUUUCUUGUUUAUUACAAUGAGGCCUGG